AUGUCAGUAGCAGCAAUUCCAAAAGAAUUUUUGAUGCUGUACGUGAAUGAAUUCAGCGGUUUAUGCGAUACAAUUGGUAAUGAAGAUGUUAUGAAUUCGGUAGCUUUGAUUGGGACGCAGUUGACAUCUUACAAAAAUUGUCUUAUUGCUAUUGAUCUUCCUAGGCAUCCAGCGUUCGUUUCUUGCAUCCUUAGUAUUUUGGAAACUAAAAAUUGUUUUGUUUGUUGCUCAACUGCUGAUGCACUGAAUGGCUAUCAUUCUGUAAAAGUUUCUUGCAUUAUAUCGACAGUUUCUGGAGAAAUCGAACAGCAACCUAUGAAAAUACACUCUUUGAAUAUUUAUUUCCAUCAUGAUGGAUAUUAUUCUUUGGAUACAUUUGGUCAGGAUAAACUAUGUUAUUUGAUAACGACAUCUGGCACAUUGGGCUCGCGGAAGGAAAUUCUUGUUCCACACAGUUGCAUUAUGCCUAAUAUUUGGGAUUUCAGCCGAAGAUUUCAAAUAACAACUUUUGAUACUAUUCUUUUUGCUACAUCUUGUUCAUUUGACCCAUUUGUUGUCGAAAUUUUUUUGGCAGUUAUGAAUGGCGCAAAAUUGCUAAUUGUACCUGAUAUGUUUCGUUCCACCCCUUAUAAAUUAGCUGAUGCAAUUAUGAAGUAUGGUGCAACUUUUAUUCAAAUGACACCUUCUCAUUUAAAAAUUCUUCCCGAAAGUGCUUUGGUCAGAAUUUUUUCUGGUCAGUCGUCAGUGCGAACAAUGAUACUGGGUGGUGAGGCAUUCCCAAUGGAUUUUAUUCAACGUUAUUAUACUGAUAACAAAUGCAUUAAUCUAUACAAUGUUUAUGGAGUUACAGAAGUGUCAUGUUGGGCAUCUUGCUAUAAGAUUGACUUGAAAGAAGAACGCGCGCAAAUUGGUGAACCGUUAAUGUCGACAAAAUUUGAUAUUAGUAAAACUGGAGAAUUACUUAUUGGUGGUUCAAGACGAUGUUAUGUAAACGGGAAACUGUCUGGAGCGUGGUUAUCUACUGGCGAUAUUGUUGAGUGUACUGAAUUAGGGAGAAUUUAUUGGUGUGGUCGGACAGAUGAUCAACAAAAAAUAAAUGCUAUUAACGUAAGCUUGUCGGAACUGGCUCGAAAAGUUGAAAAAAAUACUAGUAUCAAGUCUGCUUUAGCUUUACGUCGUGGUCAUGCUAUUUUAUUGUUUAUUCGUACUGAUAACAAUAUUAAUCUACAAUCGUAUUUAUAUACAAAAUUUUCAAUUCCGGGGAUAUUGAUGAUAGUUGUCGAAAUUGAAGAUUGGCCAAUAACGGACAAUGGAAAAGUUGACCGUCGAAAAUUAAUGCAAAUUUUCGAACAAAGAAAUUUGGUUUUCACGAUGGGGGAUUUGCGUAAAUUGUUUGCAAAAUUUGAAAUAAAUUUGGAGCUUCAUCAACAGAUGUUAUUCAAGAAUCUGGGUUUGAAUUCAUUACAUGCAGCUGAAAUAGCUAUUAAGACAGAACAUCUCUUGAAGCAUCACGAUUUUCCAGUUUUUCAGUAUCUCCUUUCGGACACAGGAACUGUCGCGGAAUUCAUUGCUGCACUUGAUUUUCAUCAGAAUGUGCAAAGGAAGUGCACUAUACAUGGAAAGAAGAUUGUGAUCAAGCCUGUAGAAAAUUCCACAAAAGCUUUACUUGAAUGGGAGUUCAAUUUAGGAAGAUGUAUCGACUCAACUCCAGUAUUGGAUAAUGGUUCAAUUUUUUUGGGCUCACAUUCGGGACGACUUAUUUCUUUAUCUUCUGAUGGCAUCUUGAAAUGGGAAGUUCAGCUCGGUGAUCGAAUUGAAGCAACAGCUUGUUCCAAAGGGAAUACAGUUGCUGUGGGUUGUUACGAUGGCUAUGUAUACUUUUUUCAUAAUGACAGUGGGCAUUUAAUAUGGAAGUUUGGCACUGGAGAUGCAGUUAAGUCGACUCCAGUCCUUGUUAAUGAAGGGCAUGAAUGUUUGUUGGGCUCGUAUGAUAAAUUUCUGUAUUUUCUUGAUGUUCUGAAUCAUAAAAUGAUUUGGAAAGUUAUGUGCAAUGGUAGUAUUCUUUCAUCACCGUCGCUAAUUCGUGACAUUGUUAUAUGUGCUACAUUGCGAGGUGAAUUACUUGCUGUCAAAAUGGAAUCUGGUAAUAUGUUGUGGAAGUUACAGCUUGCUGCACCGGUAUUUGCAAAUUUAAUUGUUUUGAAAAUGGAUCGUGUACUUGUUGUAGAUGUCAAAGGAGUAAUAACAAUGUUUAACAUCAUGAAUGGAUUUAAAAUGCACGAGCGAGACCUGAAAGAAUGUGUUUUUGCUUCACCGAUACUGUUUUCGGAUAACAGUGACAGUGCAAGUAGCGUAUCAGUAGUCAUAGUGAUGAGUCAAUCAUCAUCCAUAUUCAUACUACGAACAGAAAAUCUGAAACUUCUUCAACAUGUGCAUAUUGAUGGAGUUGGAUCGUUCGUGCGAGCACCAGAUUUACUAGUUAAUGAAGGACUGUUGUUUAUUCAGGAUUCCUCGGGUACUUUAUUAGCUAUGCAGGGUUUGAGUAGUAUGUUAAAAGUCUGUGACGACCAACUUUUAAAUCCGAAAAUAGUUAGUAUUUUGAAAGUAAAUGAAGAAACUUUUGGUGGUGUAAAAGUCGUAAAAGUAUCUGAAGAGAACUGUAACAGUGAGCGAAAAUAUUAUGCUUUGAUUGGAAGUCGUAAUGAUCGUUUACGAUGUUUUUGUUUCUCACUGCAAUGA